CCCCCCUCCUGCGCCCCCGACCGUCCUUUUCGCAUCUUGUUGUACAACUCGUGAUAGAUAGACCAUGGCCGAUCACUCCAGCCCCCUGCGCGAAGAACCCAUCAAUGGGCUGAAGCCGCUAUCGAACGCCGACGGGUUCUCCCUGCCCGCCACUGGGAACGAUCUUGAGCGCGUUGAGAUCCCAUACACCGGGGGCCAGCCGUUGGAAGAUGCCGAUUUCGAAGAUGACGACGACGAGGAGGAAGAGGUCGAGGGCGAAUAUGUUGCGGUUGAUCACGACGAUGUGAACGAAUACCCUUACUGGUUUCGCCGCCCGCCCGUUCACCACCGCACCAAGUUGGACGAAUUGCAUCCCUUCGUACAGGUUCUCACCGAGUCGAACGUGGACGACUGCGUCAAGGUCGAGCAGGCCUUCCCUGAACACGAGCGCUGCUCGCGCGAAAAGUUCCUCUAUCGUCUGAGCAGAUGUCCGGAACUUUGUCUCGGACUGUUCACCCUGCCGAUCCUGGGCGAGGACGAGCCCAAGCCUCGCCCAACCCUGGUGGGACACGUCAUCGCCACGAGAACCUCAAGCCCCGUCGUGACGGAUAAGUCGAUGGAGCUGCCACCGAAGUGGCAGGAGGAGCGCAUGACCGUGGAGAAUGGAGAGGUUGUUGGCCACGAUGAAUAUGGCAGCACGAUUGCCAUCCACUCUCUCGCCGUGCUGCCGGAGCACCAGGGCAAGCAAGUUGGAAGCACCUUGAUGAAGUCAUACAUCCAGAGAAUCAAGGACGCGCAGAUCGCCGAUCGGAUCUCCAUCAUUGCGCAUGGUCCCCUAGUGCCCUUCUACGAGUCGUUUGGGUUUGAUAACCGUGGGCCGAGCAAGUGCCAGUUUGGUGGCGGCGGCUGGGAAGACCUGGUCUGUUCUCUUUGAUUACCCUGGCGUGGUCACUGGAGCUGACAGAUCGCAGUUGUUUGAGUUCGCAAAAGAGUAAUUGUGUGGUGGGAAGUUUGACGAUUCUACAUCUGUGGCGCGG